CUAUAUAAACCGACUUCCCCCCCAUAUCUCCCUCUCUCGCUAACGAAACACAAACCCAAUCACACUUCCAACAUAUCUCUCUCUCUCUCUCUCUAAAACGUUGUCAAUGGAAUCUCCAGUUCGCAGUAACGUGAUCAUCGUCGGAGCCGGUAUUUCAGGUAUAUCGGCAGCGAAGGUGUUGGCGGAGAACGGCGUGGACGAUAUUUUAAUCCUGGAGGCGUCGGACCGGAUCGGCGGGAGGAUCCGGAAGGAGGAAUUCGGAGGGGUGUCGGUGGAGCUCGGAGCGGGUUGGAUAGCCGGAGUCGGCGGGAAGGAGUGCAACCCGGUUUGGGAACUCGCCCGGAGCUCGGGGCUCCGGACAUGCUUCUCGGACUACAGCAAUGCCCGUUACAAUAUCUACGACCGAAGUGGGAAGAUUUUUCCGAGUGGAAUCGCGGCGGACUCUUACAAAAAGGCGGUGGACUCAGCCAUGGAGAAACUCAAGAAGGAAGAGGUUAACAACCACGACGCUGAUUUGCUCAAAUUUUCUGAACCUCCAUCUACUCCCAAGACACCAAUAGAGCUGGCCAUUGACUUCAUCCUUCACGACUUCGAAAUGGCAGAGGUUGAACCAAUAUCAACUUACGUGGAUUUCGGGGAGCGAGAAUUUUUGGUUGCUGAUGAAAGGGGUUACGAGCACUUACUGCACAAGAUGGCCGAAACGUUUCCUUUGACUUCAGAGGGUAAAAUCAUGGAUAAUCGUCUAAAACUCAACAAGGUUGUUCGGGAAUUACAGCACUCGAGAAACAGCAUUACUUUGACAACGGAGGAUGGUUGCAUUUACGAAGCCAAUUACGUGAUUUUGUCCGUUAGCAUUGGUGUUCUCCAAAGUCACCUCAUCUCCUUCAGACCACCCUUGCCCAGGUGGAAAAUGGAAGCCAUUGAGAAAUGUGAUGUGAUGGUGUACACGAAGAUCUUCUUAAAGUUUCCGUCUAAGUUCUGGCCGUGUGGGCCUGGAAAAGAGUUCUUUAUUUACGCCCACGAGCGGAGGGGCUACUACACGUUCUGGCAGCACAUGGAGAAUGCUUACCCGGGGUCCAACAUUCUUGUUGUCACAUUGACAAACGGGGAAUCAAAACGCGUUGAAGCACAAUCAGACCAAGAAACACUAAAAGAAGCCAUGGACGUCCUAAGAAACAUGUUUGGGACUGACAUACCUGAUGCCACUGAUAUCCUUGUGCCUCGCUGGUGGAACAAUCGAUUCCAGUGUGGCAGCUAUAGCAAUUAUCCCAUCUACUUCAACCAUCAACUUGUUGAUAACAUUAAGGCACCAGUGGGGAGGCUAUUUUUCACUGGAGAGCACACGAGCGAGAGAUUUAAUGGCUAUGUCCAUGGGGGAUACCUUGCUGGUAUAGACACGGGUGAAGCGUUAUUGGAAGAAUUGAGGAAGGAAGAGAGAAAGCAUGACUCUCAAACUUUUCUACUAGAGCCGUUACUAGCAUUAACAGGCUCAUUAACCUUGACUCAAUCAGAUGCAGUAUCAGGUCUCCACAAAUGGGAAAUUCCUAGACAACUCUUUCUUAGUACUAACAAACUACGCCUCCCGGGGGCCAUCUUAUGACUAAAGGAAUCCCUUGAUAAACCCCACUUUGACUACGAAACUGAUCAGUUCAGCAAGAAAGAUUCCCCAAAGGGUAUGGAAUACAAUCCAAUCUAAUCCGAGCUGUUGAUGCGAUUCAGAGAGUAGAAUAAAAAGAGAUACCCACGGAAAAUCUGGGUGACUCUCAUCUUUUUUGAGGCAUAUGGCUCCAGGAAAGUGCUGAUUAGGCUCCAGGGAUUAUGGUUUUCGAAGUGAAUUGGUUUGGGUACUCAGGAAGGUUGUUUACUGGACUGAAAAUUUAGGGCAAAGCAUACUUCGGAUACCAAUUGUAGUGUUGUUACCCAAAAAUGAAAGAAAGUUUCUUUUCAGAUCUA